AUGUAUCUGUUCAGUAUAUUGGCAUUCGCGCUUCUAGGUACUCUGGCGGCAUCCAGUCCCUUUAAUUCUUUCCCAUCUCUGCAGAAGAGGUGCACAAACAGCGCUGAAGAUCGUUCGUGCUGGGGAGAUUAUGAUAUCUCCACCAACUACUACAACGAAGGCCCAGAUACGGGCGUUAUCCGAGAAUAUUGGUGGGAGAUCGUAAAUACUACCGCAGCACCUGAUGGUAUUGAACGUAUCGUCCUGUCAGUGAAUGGUUCCAUACCCGGCCCAACAAUCAUUGCGGACUGGGGUGAUACAGUUGUGGUCCACGUUACCAACAAGCUGGAGAACAAUGGAACGGGUAUCCAUUUUCAUGGCAUCCGUCAGAAUUAUACCAAUCAAAACGAUGGCGUACCCAGCGUAACCCAAUGCCCAAUUGCCCCUGGCGAGUCCUACACAUAUACCUGGAAGGCUACACAAUAUGGGUCCUCAUGGUAUCAUUCUCAUUACUAUGUACAAGCAUGGGAUGGUGUAGCUGGCGGUAUUCUGAUAAAUGGCCCGGCCACAGCUGGCUAUGAUGAGGACCUGGGCGUGCUCUUGCUGAGUGACUGGAUGCACCAGACCGCUGACCAAGAAGUCAUCUCUGCUGAGCACCGCGGACCCCCUACCCUCAAUGGUGGCCUUGUCAACGGCACUAACCAGUACAAUGACACUACCACGGGUACUGUUACGGGAACUCGCUUUGAGACGACAUUCAUUGCUGGCACCCGGUACAGAAUCCGUCUUGUAAGUGGUGCAGCUGAUACGCACUUCAGAUUCAGCAUCGACAACCACACGCUAGAGGUUAUUUCUACUGACUUUGUGCCCAUUGUGCCUUAUGUUACGGAUGCUGUGUCUAUCAGCAUGGGCCAGCGAUACGAUGUUAUUGUUACGGCCAACGCUACAGCCGAUAACUACUGGAUGCGAGCCGCCAUAGUGCAGGCAUGCAGUGAGAACGAUAGCCCAGAUAAUGUUCUAGGAAUUGUACGCUAUGAUAGUACGUCAACUUCCGACCCUACGUCGACAGCGUGGUCGGAUGCCCUGGGUGUGGGUAUCGCUUGCGAAGACGAGGACGCGUCCAACCUGGUGCCGUACGUGGCCAUUGACGCAACGAAUGAUCCUACAAACACCACAGACUUCACUGUAGCUAUAUACCAGUCAGGUGGUAUUGGUCUCUGGGAGAUGGGCUCUACUUCAUUCGUCAAUCAAUGGAAGUACCCCUCGCUCAUGCAAAUAGACCAAGGAAACAAUACUUGGGGUACAUCGCAGAACGUAUAUGCAUAUCCGGAAGCAAACGAGUGGGUGUACAUGGUUAUCCAAACCAGCAACCAACAGCCACAUCCCAUGCACAUGCAUGGCCAUGACUUCUUUAUCUUGGGUCAGGGUGACGGCACCUUUGAUGCCACAACAGUUGAACUGACCUACACUAACCCACCUCGACGUGACGUCGUUAUGCUCCCUGGUGAUGGUUAUAUUGUUAUUGCAUUCUACACCGACAACCCAGGUGUGUGGUUAAUGCACUGUCACAUCGCCUGGCAUACGACAGAAGGUUUGGCAAUUCAAAUUCUGGAACGUCAGUCCGAGAUUUUGGCUCUGCUCGAUUCCUCCACAAUAAAUUCGACUUGUGCCUCAUGGGAUAACUAUGCAUCGGAGGAUGAUAUUGUGCAGACUGAUUCAGGUAUCUAG